UAGCAAUGACAAAGCCGCUUGUGGAAGCGGAGCGAACUAUUCGCUUGGUGUCCCAUGAGGGGGAAACCUUCGACACGGAUCUCCUCACUGCCACGACUUCGGGCUACAUCAAGGAGUAUCUGCAGGCGAAUGGCGACAUGCCGGAGCAGGAGCAGGAGCAGCUGACAGCUGUAAUUUCGUUGCCCUUUGUGCGGUCUCCCAUUUUGAGCAAAAUACUGACCUGGGCCCAGCACCACAAGGCGGAGCAGGAAUUAUCUGCCUGGGAUGCCGAAUUUCUCAAUAUGGACGGGACGACACUCUUGGAGCUGGCCAUGAUGGCCUACUUUCUGGACAUCAAGGGACUGCUAGAGAUGACCGCCGCGGCCGUGGCCAAAGGAAUUAUGAUGGAACCUUAAGACAAGGCAUAAAAUCUAACACUUGAUACCAUGGCAAGGAGCUAGCUGACAAAGUCAGCCAAAUCCGCACCAAUAAAUAAACAGAGUUUGCCAAAUAAAGUAUAUUUAACCCAUGCA